AAAAGUAAGAGAGAGAUAUAAACGCCAUUGCUUCUCUAUAAAUAGCUCACAGGUGACCAAACUUGCUUCCAUUUAACACACUGAUAACUCGCUAACACUAACUCAGUGUUUGGAUCAUCAUUAUUCUCACCAACACUGAGUCGAGUCACUUUUUUUCUUUUCAGUAGGGUUUUUCUAUUUCUUUUUUCACAACAGAAAACGAUUUCUGUUAUAGAGAGAGAAACUUAGAGAGAGAAACUUUAGAGAGUUAGAGAGAGAGAGAGAGGAGUUAAUUCAUUAUUCAUGGAUGCGCACGCGGUGCAUUUGGCUAUGGCGGCACUCGUCGGAGCCUCCAUCGUGGCUGUAUCGGCGUACUACAUGCACCGCAAGACGCUAACGCAGCUACUGGAGUUCGCGCGUACGGUUGAGCCUGACGGCGGUUCCGACGACGGCGAAUCACCGUUGCAUUCGAAGAGGAGGCGUGGAGGUUCUAGGAGGAGAGGGAACGGAGGUUAUCGCCGUGGCUCGGGUUCGUUGCCGGAUGUUACGGCGAUUUCUGGUGGACUUGACGGAAAUGGCAAUGGACUGAUGCACGUUGAAGGGAUUCCGGCUGGAUUGCCUCGGUUGCAAACGCUCCGUGAAGGAAAAUCUGCAAAUGCUGGUUCAUUUAAGAGAAAUAUUUUAAGACCAACUUCUCCCAAGUCUCCUGUUGCAAGUGUCAGUGCCUUUGAAAGUGUAGAGGGAUCAGAUGAUGAAGAUGAUUUGACAGACGGAGCCAAACUGGAUGCUACAUAUCUGCACACAAAUGGAAAUGCAGGUGGAGAUGGGAAAAAUCCAUAUGAGACUGUGUCUAAUCAUGUCAAUACAAAUGGAGAGCAGAUGGCAAUCGCUGCUUCAAGUAUGAACCGUUCUAAAAGUAUUUCUGGUGAUCUGCAUGGCGUGCAGCCUGAUCCAAUAGCAGCUGACAUUCUCAGGAAAGAGCCAGAGCAAGAAAUUUUUGCUCGAUUGAGAAUUACUCCCAUGGAGGCUCCAUCACCUGAUGAAGUUGAAUCCUAUGUGAUUCUCCAAGAAUGUCUUGAAAUGAGGAAAAGAUAUGUUUUUCAAGAUGCAAUUGCUCCAUGGGAGAAAGAAGUUAUAUCUGACCCCUGUACUCCAAAACCUAACCUAGAUCCCUUCCUUUACAGACCCGAACCAAAGUCUGAUCAUUACUUUGAAAUGCAGGAUGGAGUUAUUCACGUGUAUCCAAAUAAAAACUCCAAAGAAGAGCUUUUUCCUGUUGCCGAUGCAACUACAUUUUUCACUGACCUUCAUCAGAUACUUCGAGUUAUAGCAGCAGGGAAUAUCAGAACUUUAUGCCACCACAGGCUUAAUCUUCUAGAACAAAAAUUCAAUCUUCAUUUGAUGCUCAAUGCGGAUAGGGAAUUUCUCGCCCAGAAAAGUGCCCCACAUCGAGACUUCUAUAAUGUUAGAAAAGUGGAUACACAUGUCCACCACUCAGCAUGCAUGAAUCAGAAACAUCUUUUGAGAUUCAUAAAGUCAAAGCUGAGGAAAGAGCCUGAUGAGGUUGUAAUAUUUCGAGAUGGAACAUAUUUGACAUUGAAAGAGGUUUUUGAGAGUCUAGAUUUAACUGGAUAUGAUCUCAAUGUUGACCUUUUGGACGUUCAUGCUGACAAAAGUACAUUUCAUCGCUUUGACAAGUUCAAUCUUAAAUACAAUCCUUGUGGUCAAAGUAGGCUCAGGGAGAUAUUUUUGAAGCAGGACAACCUCAUCCAAGGUCGAUUCCUUGGUGAGCUCACAAAGCAAGUGAUUUCUGAUCUUGAAGCCAGUAAAUAUCAGAUGGCUGAAUAUAGACUAUCAAUAUAUGGUAGGAAGCAAAGUGAGUGGGACCAACUAGCUAGCUGGAUAGUGAAUAAUGAACUGUACAGUGAGAAUGUUGUUUGGUUGAUUCAGCUUCCAAGAUUGUAUAAUAUAUACAAAGACAUGGGAAUUGUGACCUCAUUCCAGAACAUGCUUGACAAUAUCUUCAUUCCACUUUUUGAGGUUACCGUUGAUCCUAAUUCACAUCCUCAGCUGCAUGUUUUCUUGAAACAGGUUGUGGGGUUGGAUUUGGUGGAUGAUGAAAGCAAACCUGAAAGACGACCAACAAAACACAUGCCUACGCCUGCUCAGUGGACUAAUGUAUUCAAUCCAGCAUAUUCAUACUAUGUGUAUUACUGUUACGCGAAUCUGUACACCUUAAACAAGCUCCGUGAAUCAAAGGGAAUGACUACAAUCAAAUUUCGUCCUCAUUCUGGAGAGGCUGGUGAUAUUGACCACCUUGCUGCUACCUUCCUUACUGCUCAUAACAUCGCACAUGGAAUUAACUUGAGAAAGUCGCCUGUGCUUCAAUAUUUAUAUUAUUUGGCCCAGAUUGGACUGGCAAUGUCUCCUCUGAGCAAUAACUCUCUAUUUUUAGACUACCAUCGAAAUCCUCUUCCCCUGUUCUUCUUACGGGGUUUGAAUGUAUCACUUUCAACUGAUGAUCCACUCCAAAUUCACUUAACAAAGGAACCAUUGGUUGAAGAGUACAGUAUAGCUGCUUCUGUGUGGAAACUGAGCUCAUGUGAUUUAUGUGAGAUUGCCCGUAAUUCGGUCUAUCAAUCAGGUUUCUCGCAUGCUUUAAAGUCACACUGGAUUGGUAAGGAAUACUACAAGAGAGGGCCAAAUGGAAAUGACAUUCAUAGAACAAAUGUUCCUCACAUUCGGUUGGAAUUUCGUGAAACAAUUUGGAGAGAGGAGAUGCAACAGGUUUAUUUGGGAAAACCCAUCAUUCCUGAAGAAAUAGAGAAAUAGUGUCGCAGAGGCCUGUAUUUCAUACAUCAGCAAUGGAAGUUGUGAAAUAGGUAGAAAGCGAGUUCUUCAAAAACCCAUUCAACAUCAGAGAUAAUGUUGCAACAUUGGGUCAAGGAUAUGACCAGAUUUAUAAUAAUAUAGAUAACUUAAGAUCACUGGGCUUAAGCAUUGAGCAAGGUUUACAGCUAAAUAUUACUGAGCUUGAGCAAUGGAGCUUGGGAAAGUGUUUUCUUGUAUCAUUAAUUUAGGCUAGAAUAAAAAGUGAGGGUUGGUAAUAAACAAUUACAGCAUUUGUUGAUGCACGCUGCUGUUAGAAAUACAGGUUAAUAUGAUCCUUUAAAGAGGGAGAUUCUCUCAAAAUUUUGAUUCCUAGUGCUUGUUAGUUGAAAGCUGAUGAUCCUAUAUUUCAAGUUUUAUUUUAUUGUACGUCUUUGCAAGGUUAGGUUGGUGAGUUAAACUUGUGCGGUUUAAUCAACUUCAGAAAUUAGAAUGCCAAUUUUUUUAGGCUUGGUGUCAUUAUAUUAACAAAAGUUUGGCUUGGUAUGGAA